AUGAAUAUUUAUAAAACUUUAGGCAAAGUUAAUUGUUUUGGAUUUUCUACAUCAGCAACUUCAAUUUUAAAUAAGUUUGGACAAACUUAUUAUAUUAAUAAUUAUGAAAAUACAUUUAAUCAAAAGAGUAUUUUACAUGAAAGUCUAAGUAAUUUGAUUAAUAUAAAUUUGAUAGAGAUUGGCAAUAAAACUUGUAAUUUAAUAGGAAUUCCUCGUAAUGGAAGUUAAGAUGAAUUAACAAAGAGAAUGUCUGAUAUAAUAACAAAGGAUAAAGAUAAAACAAACUUUUUAAUAUAAAUGGAUCCAUCACCAUAUUUAUUUGCUAAAAGAUAGCUAUAUAAAUAAUAUCAUUAAAAAGUUGAACCUAUAAUAAAUGAUGUAAUAAUGGAGAUUAUAAUAGAAUUUAUUUGAAUAAUUACCAAUUUUGCCAAUUGAUACAAAUGAAUUGAAAAUUGACUUACCAAUUUUUGAUUCAAUUCAUUUAAUCAAGGCCAAUCCUACAUUGAGUUCAGAAUAAAAGUAAGCUAUAUUAGGAUAUUUAAAUGGUGAAAGACUUGGUUAUUAUUAAUAGGUUUUUUAAAGUCUUUAAGAAUUUAAAAAUAAUUAAUAAGAACUUACUCCUAAAUUAUUAUAAGAGAGUGAAGUUAUGUCUUAGAAUCUGGCAUAAUUAUUAGAAAUUACUCUAUUAUAUACAAAUUAAUAGAGUAGUGUAGAUUUAUCUUAAUUUGGUUUAUUCUAGGCAUUAUAUCGGACAGUUUUAAAAGGUUCUAAAGUUUAUAUGAUUGGAUUAUCUUAAAUAUAUUAAAGAAUUUAUAUUGGAAUAAUAAUGUAAUUGCCAGAUGUUAAAGAUAUGAUCAAAGAGUUUUGCGAAUAUUCAUUAUAAAGUAAAUAUAAUAAUUUGAAUUACUUUUAUGAAUUUUCAACAAUGAUAUGGAUUGAAAAAGCUAUUGAAUAUUAUAUGUUAUAUAGUAUAAAUCGAUUUUUGAAACGUAAAGAAGAGAAUGAAGUUACUGUUGUAGUAGAUUCAUUACAUUUUGAUCCUUUGAAGAGUGCCAUUUAAUAAUAAAAGAAUAAAUUUGUUAAUGAAUGCGAAAAUAGUUAUUUCUAUGAAUUUCAAUAUCCAGAUCCUGAAAAAUAAGAAACAGAUGAAUAAAUGAUUGAAAAACAUGCAAUUUUUGAUUGUCUAUUGGAUCAUUAAAUUUGGAGAGAACCAUGUAUAAACAAUCCUUUUCCAUAUUUAUCAAUCAAUUACAAUGAAAUGAAUACUCUAGAAUAAAAAGAAAUUUAAUCAAUAUUCUAUAAAUAUCAUUUAAAAUAUUCAUUAAUUCUAAACUAAUUGAAGUAGUAAAAUAAAAUGUGA